GUGUCCCUGUCGAGGAGUCUGCUGACUCUCACGGCACUGCGGAGUCCCUCUCCCCGCCCCUCCGCGCCCCGGUCUCUCCUCCCCCGUCACCACUGUUGCUGUCCCCGCCGCACCCGCCUCCGCCACUUCCGUCACCACCGCGGCCGCAGCCGCCGUCGUCACCGCCACUGGGGUUCAUGCAUUGUGGGGGUGCUGGGAAGCGUGCUAGAGCGGGUGCUGGAGCGGGUUCCCGUUCUGGGGGUGCUGGCGUGGAGCUUCUCGGAGGGAGCCGUGUUGUCGCUGAAAGUUCUGGUCUUGGAUUCGGACAGCAGUCGCAGCAGUCGCCACCGGUGUCCGCUCUUCGCCUCCUCGAUCUUCCUUCCCUUGACCGUCUGCCGGUGCCUGCUCCGUCGCCGCCACCUCCUCCUCCUCCGGUCCACGACCCAGUGUUUCCUCCCCCGGACUCCUCUCCGGCACGUUUCUCUCCCCGUUCCUCCUCUUGUGUCUCCUCCCCUCUCUCCUGACCCGACUCCUCCGUCUCACGUCUGGUCUCGUCGUCCGUCAAGUGCUCGUCCUACCUCCCCUGUUCAAUGGUCUCACCCUAUGUUGCUUCGCUCCCACGCGUCUCGUGCUCCUCCGCUCCUCCCGUCUUCCCCUCCGUCGUCGCUUGCUGUGGCCCCGCCCCAGCUCUCUGACCUCCUCCGUGCUGUGCGUCCCGUUGUUCCUUUUGUCCUUGCCUCUCUUGUUACCGACUCGUCCGUUCCUGUCUCGAGUCUGUUGGCUCUUGUCGCAGCCGUCACUGACUUUGCCUCUACCCGCCGCCUUGACUACGCCACCGCUCUGCUCUCUGACCCUGCCUGCCCUCCGCCCGUCGGGGGUGUGGCUUCCCUUGGCAGUGACGUCCUAGAGGACAGACAGCACGAGCUUGCUUUCCUGUCAGAGGUCGCUCCCCAUCUCUGUUCCAUGCUGCCAGUCCCUGCGAGUGACCCAGACUCCCUUGACAUCCCGACCACUUGCACCUACGCUGAGGCCACCUCGGGACCUUGGGCCUCUCAGUGGAUAGCUGCCAUGGAGCAGGAGAUGGCAUCUUGGAGAUCCACAAGUACCUUCGUCGACGCAGUUCCUCUACAUAGGGUGAACGUAGUCGAUGGCCGAUGGCUCUUCAAGGUGAAGCGCCCUCCUAGAGAACCGCCUGUCUUCAAAGCACGCUACGUUGCUCGAGGCUUCAAUUAGUGUGAGGGGGUGGACUUCUUUCAGACCUUCGCCCCGACCCCGAAGAUGACUACUCUUCGGGCACUACUACACGUAGCACCAUAGCGUGACUACGAGCUGCACUCCCUUGACUUCUCCACAGAUUUUCUCCAUGGCAGUCUAUAGGAGCAGGUUUACCUGCGCUGCCCCCAGAGCUUCUCCGGUACCUUUCGCUCUGGUACCAAGUGGCUCUUCCGGCGCCCCGUCUACGGCUUGCGACAGGCGCCCCGUGAGUGGCACGACACGCUAUGUGCUACACUUGCUGACCUGCAGUUCUUCCCGUCUUCUGCUGACCCCUCGCUCUUCGUCCGUUCCGGCCAGACUCCGUUCUACAUCCUUGUCUACGUAGUUGACAUAGUCUUUGCUACUGCAGACAGAGACGCGCUGACCUCCGUGAAGGCCGAGCUGCUGAAGAGACACACCUGGAUUGACCUAGGAGAGUUGCGCCGCUAUCUUGGCUUGCAGAUCUCCAAGGACAGAGUAGCGCGCACCAUCACUCUCUCACAGUCACACUUGGUACGCCAGGUUCUUCAGAGGUUCGGCCUCCAGUUCUCUUCCGCACAGCCCACCCCUCUGCCAGUAGACCACAGACUCUGUGCUCCAGUCCCGGAGGAGGCUGUAGAGCCUAGUGGUCCGUACGCAGAGCUGGUGGGUUGCUUCAUGUACAUGAUGACUUGCACUCGUCCAGAUCUCGCAUACUCUCUGAGCAUCCUAGCUUGCUUUGUGGCCACAUGGAGACACCGACCACAACACUGGUCGGCAGUUAAGAGGGUUUUGCGUUAUCUAGCAAGUACAUCAGGCAUGGGGCUAGUGCCAGGAGGACGCAGACAAGUGGUCCUUACUGGGCACACAGACGCUUCCUGGGCCAACGACUCCGAUACUCUCAGGUCCUCCCAGGGCUACUGUUUUAGCCUUGGUUCAGGUGCCAUCUCGUCGAGGUCCACUCGCUCCUCAUCUGUUGCCAACUCUAGGUGUGAGGCUGAGAUCUACGCCGGUGCCAUGGCGGCACAGGAGCUUUGCUAGCUGACGUUCUUGCUCACCAACUUAGGUGAGCGGCCUAGCUCUGCCCCGGUUCUGUAUGUUGACAACAUGGCCAUGAUCCUCCUGUGUCAAGAGCCUAGAUUCGAGGGCAGGGCGAAGCACAUCCAAUUGCGGUACUUCCUUCUGCGUGAGCUACAGCAGUGUCGUCAGGCCCGCGUAGUACACUUGGCCCCCGGUGCCAAUACAGCUGAUAUCUUUACGAAGGCGCUUGCGGCUAAAGAUCAUCAGCGGCACUAUGUACAGCUAGGUCUCGUUCCUAUAGUCUCUCAUUUGCUAGGACCUUGAUUGUGUACGGACCUUUAUAUAUAUUACCAUGACUGGACCUGUGGCCUCUACCCAAUGGCUAGUAGUGCCGCCCUGGUCGUGCUCUUGCCUUGUUUAUACUCAUUUGACUGGUCUUAUAGACCCUUGCCUCAGAGGCUGGACUAGUAGUGCCACCCUGAGCUGCUUGUCUUUCACCAGGCACUGCCCCUAUCCAGUCUAGGGGGUGUGUCAAACAUAUCCUUGUAUAUUAUUAUAGACUAAUCAGGGUUGUGCCUUAGAGAGUACAACCCAUGAGGUUAUAUUCCCUUGUAUGCCAUGGUUCUACUCAUUUGUUAACUUUGAUACCCACGUCUCUUGCCCACUUCCACCCGCGUCCCGUAUGCCCAUUUGGCAACCUCAAACAGCAACUCGACCUUCAAGCCCUCUGAAAUCUCGCAAACCUUCUCCUCUCCCCCAAUCCUACCGCCUGGCAUGCAUACGUACAUGCAUGCGUGCAUACGUGCAUGAUGCACGGCCAUGCACAGGGGAGAAGGCUGCUAUGAGCUCUAGUGGGUACCUUCACUCAUGCUGGGCUGAAGCUGGUGGAGGGGGGGAGACCAAGUGCAGGAAGGGAUUAGCAGCGGGGACGUGGGGAGGACGAGACAGUAGGGUAGGGUAUCACUGUGGGCAUGGGUUGAAGCACUGCCUGUUCAGGCUUCUCCCUGGAACUGGCUGUGCUCCUCUGCUUGUAUGACAAGAUUUCGCUCCUGUCCAUUGGCAAGUUGUUCCACCUCACCUCAAGACUGGCUCACUUACUCUGCACCCAUUUGGACCGCAUUGAACCGUGCAAGCAGAAAUGUGUCUUGGGCAGACUGUUCUACCCAUGUGUCUCCAGGUGCACAUGUACACGCACUUAGCUUGUCGGUCCCCAUGUGUCUCGCCAUUGGGCCCAUGGCUGAUUUUAUCAUACUAUUUUAGUCUGAUUGUCUGAAAUUUCAGACCUAUUUUUUUGCCGAUCCUGAUUUUUCAGACUUGCCAUUUUCUGAAUGCUGAACCCUUCAGACUUAUAUGUUUUUAAAUCCUGAGAAUCUCAGACUUCGCAGUUUGCGGAUACUGAGUUUUCAGAGCGCAGCGCGUACGGACCCUGAGACACACAUACUAGUACUGCACCUCCCUGCCCUCACCCAAAAAUUUCGUCUAAGUCCCCAAGGGCCAGAGUCAAGUCCUUUCACACACACCCCGCCCCGCAACCUAAAAAAUCCGGCUAAGUCCUAGCAGCCAGAGAUAGUUCCCCCCAGCACAUUUCUCCCCUACUCGCCUCGCAGCCCCAGAAAUUCGACCAAGUCCCCACAGACAGACACAUCCCUCCCACACCUCUUGCGACCCUGAAAUUUCGGCUAAGUCCCCACAGCAAGAAAUAUCCCUCCCUCAGCUCCCGCAACCCGGAAAAAUCGUCGAAGUCCCUUGCAGCCAUAAAAAAAAUCCUCCCACAAACCCCCGCAACCCGCAAUCCUGCUUAUUACCCGACUUUUGUGAAGUUC